AUGCACGGGCGAGGUCCAUGAGUUUUUAACGGAAAUUCAAGGAUUAAGAGGGUAAAUGUGCCGUAAGAAUUGUAGAUAUACACGUGGCAUUGAGAGAGUGGUGCACUCAUGAGGACGCACGUCUGAUUGAAUAACUCGCCAACAAAGACGUGAUUGGAUGAAAUAAUCAAUAAAACACGUUGACCGUUUCACUUCUCUUUCGAACAUGUUCAACCAAAAACAAAUAACGGUAACCAUCCGCCCCUCGUUUUCCUCUGUUCCUCCCGAAACAAAAUCUAAACACACACAACACAAAACAAUCAAAUACACUGUCAAAAACGGAAAAAAAAAAACUUUUUCUCCUCCCAAUUUAUAACAAUUUAUAUUUUUAUUAUAUUAUUCCCUUCACGGAAAUCUCUUCAGUACCUACCGCAGUAUGGAGCGUAAAAUGACGCUGACGAUGAACUGGGAUGGACUCGGCGAUGACGAUGACGACGACUUAUUUUUUGAAACUUCUGAUCGAACCUCCUCCGCCGUGCCUCUGGACUUGGCGUCUUCCGACGACGAUGAUGAAGAAUUUGAAGAUUCACGCAUGUCGUUCUCCACCGUUUCGUCCUUUCAUCAUCGUCAACAGUUUCAGAACUCCACCACCUCAGACGCUGCCGCCACCACCACCGCCACCUCAGACGCCGCCGCCACUAGGAAUUACAACUUGUGGAUGAUGGCGCCUGGCUCUAUCAACGAACGGAGGAAGCGUCUUUUUCAAGAUAUGGGGUUGUCCAAAGACAAACAGCAUCUCACUUUCAAAAAAGUUGACACUAAUAAUAAUACUAAUACUAAUAAUGACAAUGAUACUAAUCAAGAUUCUAAAUCUUUGAGCACUCCACAGGAACCCACCAAUAACGUUACCGUUGACGACAAUGUCAACGAUCACGGUACCGUUAACGUUACUGAAGAAGCUAAUAAACAAGAAGCUACUCCUGCACGUUGUUCUCCGGCUCCGGUACAGUUGGUGCUUGUGCGGUCAAGGUCAUUGGGCGACAUUGAAUCCUUGGGUGUGGAUAAAAAAAGAAAAGAGGAAAUGAUUGGAAAAGUUUCGAAACAGAGAUUAACGAGAACAUCAUCAAUGGUUUUGGCGCCAAAUCUACGGAUAUAUCCGUCCCAUGAGUCGGUCAGAGUAGAGAAUAAUAAGGAUGGGGGCAUCAACCAGACUCGGUCAAUUGGACUCGGGGGAUCAGCCUUGACGCCGAUGGUGCCGAAUAGUACGUUAGGAGCUUUUUACUUGAUAAAGAAUUUGGAUACAGGUAAAGAGUUUGUUGUCGAUGAGUAUAAUGACAAGGGACUCUGUAAUAGGCUUAGUGAUUUGCAGACAGGAAAGAAAUUAACAAUGGAGGAAUUCGAGAAAUCGGUGGGAUAUUCUCCUGUUGUUAAGGAGCUAAUGAGUAGAGAAAGUGGGCCUAAGAAUAUUGCGAAUAUAUCUGAAAAUUAUAAAAAAUUUGUGGCGACUUCGUAUAUUUCAAAGAGUUUAAGAAUGAGCAAGAAAAGGGGGGCUGCGUUGUUGAAGAAUUUAAAAGGUGUGGCGAAUUCUCUGAGUAUGAAAGCAGACAAAGAGAAAGUAGAGAAAGAGAAAGCAGAGAAAGAGAAGGAACAGGCGCCUUCUCCUGCAGCAGGAUCGUCUUCUUCGGAGCAAGAGAAACAACAAAGCAACGGUACUACUAAUCGAUGGGUUAAAGCUAGGCAGACAGGGAAAUCACAGAAGGAAUUGAGUGCUUUGUAUUUAUGUCAAGAAAUUCAGGCGCAUGAAGGGUCUAUUUGGAGCCUUAAAUUUAGUUUAGAUACGAAAUUUCUUGCUAGUGCAGGGGAAGAUAAAGUGAUACAUGUGUGGGAAGUACAAGAAUGCGAGGUUUUGUCCAUGAAUGAGGGUAGUUUGACCCCAAUUAAUCUCUCAGUAGAUAGUUCACUGGAUAAAUUGGAGGGUUCAGAGAAGAAAAAGAAGGGAUCAAAAGGCAGCCCUGAUUAUGUUCAUGUCCCAGAAACUGCUUUUUCGCUCUCUGAGAAACCGGUCUGCACCUUCACAGGUCAUUCGGAAGAUGUUUUGGACCUCUCCUGGUCUAAGUCUCAGUUACUGCUUUCAUCUUCAAUGGACAAAACUGUUAGGUUAUGGGAUAUGGAAACCAAGAGCUGCCUAAAGAUGUUUGCCCACAAUGACUAUGUAACUUGCAUACAGUUCAAUCCUGUAGACGACAAUUAUUUUAUAAGUGGAUCACUUGAUGCAAAGGUUAGAAUAUGGAACAUUUCUCGACGCAACGUUGUGGACUGGACAGAUCUUCAUGACAUGGUUACAGCUGCUUGCUACACCCCUGAUGGCCAGAGUGCACUCAUUGGCACACAGAAAGGGAUUUGUCGGAUGUACAGCAUAGAAGAUAGCAAAUUACAUCAACAAAACCAGACUGAAUUUCUAACCAAGAAGAAGUCUAAUACCAGAAAGAUCACUGGUUUUCAGUUUUCCCCGAGCACUCCAUCUGAAGUUCUUGUUACUUCAGCUGAUUCCCGGAUUCGGAUUUUGGAAGGAUUAGACCUUGUUCAUAAAUUUAGAGGCUUCAGGAACACAAGCAGCCAAAUUGCAGCUUCCUUCUGUUUAGAUGCAAAAUAUGUGGUGUGUGCAAGUGAAGAUUCUCAAGUAUUUUUUUGGAAGUACGAAGACAAUCGAAAAGUUGUUAAUGGAAAAAGAAUUAAGGUCUCUACAACUUCUCAUGAAAACUUUCCGUGCAAAGAUGUUUCAGUAGCAAUCACCUGGCCUGGUAAAGUGAAGGGUGACCCUCCACCUAUGCCAACGACUUCAAAAAAGCUCGCAAAACGUGUAGCCCAAAGCCCUUCUACUGCUAUUGAUUCACCGACCAGGGAAGAAGUGAAGAAACAUUUGCCUCCUCUUCCCAAGAAAAACAACAAAAUGGAGCGAGCUUCAACGGCCCCUGAAGAAGACCUUGCUCUAGUUUCUCGUGAGUCAGGGAUUGCUGAGUCCGUUGAUUCAAAUUCUUCCUCAGUACAAUCUGAUGAUUCAUCUUCCAUAUCCGCUGCAACGGAACCAAAUCCCUCCUCCACAACGCAAGAUGAUCCAUCUUCUCUUGCUGCUAGUGCUAGUUCAAAUUCUUCCUCAACAAAGCAGGGUGAUUCUGACAGCCAAUCAAACGAAACAAUCCAAGUAACAGCAUGGGGGUUGGUGAUUGUGACAGCUACAGUAGGAGGUGAAAUCCGGGCUUACCAAAAUUUUGGGUUACCGUGUAGGUUAAACCGUCUGUCACAGAUCCCUUACCUGAGCAAAGAUGGGAGCAUAAAUUAUUAGUUCAACCUUUAUCAAGGUAAAAGAAAAGUAAGAGUGGAGUCCCAGCGGGUGAAAAUCACGUGCUCAUUUUGUAAAUGUCAAAUUUGCUCAUCAGACACUCUAGAUUACGUAGCUACUUCAUUUGGACAAUGUUUUCCAGCUUAAUUGUAUUCUCCUGAUAUUGCUGUAUAAGAAAUUUUAUUGUACCCUCACACACUCCCAGCAAAUUUGAUAUUUCAUUUGAUUAA